AUGGCGGAGGAGGAGCGGCGUCGGGCGGCGGGCGCCCUGUGGCCGGCGGGGGCGUCGGGGCGGCUGCCCUGCGCGCGGGACUCGGCGCUGCGGCGGGCGGCGUUCGGCGGCCACCUGGCCGCGCUGCCCUCCCACCUGGCGCCCAGCGGCAGGAGCGUGCGCGUCUUCGUCAGCGCCAACCCCCAAGAUACCGUAGCGGAAAGAAGUGCAUUACGCGAACAUGUGUAUCCUAAGCUGCGGGAAUUCUGCAGGGAAAACUACGGGCUGGAAUUUCAGGUGAUCGACCUGUAUUGGGGAGUGGAACCAGAAGAAUGGGACAGCCCAGAGCUCCAGAAAACACGCAUGAAGCUCUUAGAAGAUUGCUUGAAAACAUCUGCAGGUCCAUGUUUUGUUGGCCUUUUAGGAGAAAAAUAUGGAGGCAUCCGGAUUCCAGGAGAAGUGGAAUCAUCAGAAUUUGAAAUGAUUCUUGAUGCUGCUAUUGAAGCAAAGAUGGAAACAAGGAUUUUGGAAGAGUGGUACUGCAGAGAUGAGAAUGCAGUGCCACCAACGUAUUACCUCAGACAGAAAUCUGAAAUACAGAAGAGCAAUCCUAGUAUGGUGGAAGCAUCUUCAAAUCCUGGGAACGAGAGCAAGUGGCAGGAAAUAUCAGAAGAGAUUAAGGUGAUAUUUAAGACAGCCGUGAAGAUGCUGUAUGAAAAAGGAAAAAUGAAACACAGUCAAGCAAAGAGAUACCUUUCCUCGGCUAUCGAAGAUGAAUUUGAUUUUGCCUUAGGAAAACAAACCCCAGCUUUCCUAAAGAAGUGUGUUUGCUACAUUCGGAAGAUUGCCAACAUAGAACGUUUUGUUAAAAUCCCAGAGAUGGAGAAAUACAUGGACGUUCUUCACACCGGUGGAAAAUCCACACGAGACCCAGAAGCUCUCGAGAAACUCAUCAAACUCAGGGAUGAAUUUGUUCCUACCAUUGUUGCUUCCUCUAAUCUAAGAGUCUACACUUCUGUUACCCACUGCGACAUCAAAUUCGGCUACACUCAAGAAGUGGAGAACCACUACAUUGAAGGGCUCGGCAAACAAUUCUACGAAGACAUGGUUGAUAUCAUCCAAGCAACUGUGCAACAGAAUUUUGACAUAGAGACAGACUGGCUCUAUGAUGAAAUCCUUCAGCAUUCCUCACUUUGUAGAACAUACUCUUCAUUCUAUGAGUACAGGUGUGAUGCUAUGAACAUUAUGCACAAAUACAUUCUGCCUAGGAAAAUGGGCCACAUUAAUCCUCUUAUCAUAUACGGAGGACCGUGCACAGGAAAAACUUUUUUAUUAGCAGAAGUGGCAAAGAAGGCUUAUUCUUGGCUGAAGGAAGAAAUGGGACCAGAGUCUGAUCCUGUGGUGGUCAUAAGGUUUUUGGGAUCCACAGAAAUGAGUACAGACCUUAGGAAUCUGCUUCAAAGUAUGUGUGAGCAGUUAGCAACUAACUACCGAUGCCUUGUACAAAGCUACCCCAAAAAAAUCCACGAUCUCCGGGACUUGUUUAUAAACCUUUUGAAUGAGUCUUCAUUUCAUAGACCUCUGGUUAUGGUAUUUGAUGCCAUAGAACAGCUUUCAGAUAUUGAUGAUGCUAGAAAACUCUGGUGGCUCCCUGUCCAUCUGCCCCGUUCUGUGCGAAUCAUCCUUUCGACACUGCCGAACAAACACGGAAUACUGCAAAAACUGAGGUGCCUUAUACACAAUGAAGAUAACUACAUUGAAUUAACGCCUAGGGACAGAAAAAUGUGUAGUCAAGUUCUCAAGCAACAGCUGCUCCGAGUUAAAAGGAAAGUGACAUCAGGCCAACAAAUUUAUGUCAAUGAAGCUUUUUCUAAGUGCACUCUCCCAAUGUUUGUAAACUUAACCUUCAGGGAGGUCCGAAACUGGAGAUCUCACAAAGAUGUUGACGAGUCCUCCCUCUGUACCACUGUUCAUGAUAGCAUAGAGCAAACGUUUUGGUCCCUUGAGAAAAGCUGUGGACAAAGACUUUUGUCACGAGCCCUGGGCUACAUCACCAUGUGCAAAUCGGGUUUAAGUGAAAUGGAACUGGAAGAUAUAUUAGCCCUGGACAAUACUGUUAUGUUGGAACUAAAUGCAUGUAUCAGGCAACAUAAUCCAUUAAGAGUACCUUACAUCUACAUUGCCAGGCUGAAAGAGGGACUGACCGGAUACCUAGUAGAACGGCAAGUUAAAAAUGUGACCCUCCUCGUGUGGUCCAACAGGCACCUGCAGCUUAUUGCUCAAAAAAUGUAUCUUCAUAACGAGGAAGAUGUUAAUGAAAUGCAUACUGUGAUGGCUGAGUAUUUCCUUGGAGUUUGGUCAGGUGGCAGAAGGAAAUCUCUUUAUGGGGAAGAUCAGUAUCUGAAUGGCUGCUUCGACAGCGACAGUAGAAGCAUGAACGAUGAUGACAGGAGUGUCAUGGAUCAGACAACAUUCGACAGGCAGUCCCCUGACCAGCCUUGGGUGUUCCAGUGUAAUCCUUUAGAGCCUGACAUAUUUUUUGUCAACCACCGGAAAAUGACAGAGCUUUUGCAUCAUUUGACAAGAUGUGGGAAAACAGAUGACAUGUUAUAUGGCGUCAUUAUGAACUUUAGUUGGCUUUACACCAUGAUCAAAAUAGGGCAGUUUGACAAAGCCCUUGCCGAUGUGGAGUUGGCCUACAACUACUCCCAAGAAAAAGAGCUGAAGUUCCUUGCGACCACACUUCGUGGCAUCAAAUACAAAGUGACAAAAUAUCCAGGCACACUCUCCGCGGAACUGCAACAGAGGCUUCUUCCAGUUGUGAGUUCCUUGCCUAAACUUAGACAGCUUCUUCUGGAAUGUGACAAAGAUGGGCCUAAAUAUUGUUCCAUUGUUCCCUUACAUUCUUCAAUGGAUGUAACUUACAGCCCUGAGAGACUGCCUCUGUCCUCCAGUUGCAGUCAAGUCACUGAAAUCCUGCCUACCUUUAAUCCAAGUACAGUGAUUGUAGCUCUGGAAAAUGGUUCCAUCAGUACCUGGGAUGUAGAGAGUCGACAGCUACUAAGGCAAAUUACAACUGCUCAGUCCGUCAUUUUAGGCAUGAAGCUCUCAGGUGAUGAAAAAUACCUUGUGGUAGCUACAACAAAGAACACGCUCUUGAUUUACGAUAACCUAAAUUCCUGCCUUUUGUCUGAGGUAGAGAUUAAAGGAUCAAAACAUGGCGGGGCGGGCGUAGGCUGCGGUUUCAUAAAUGGAUUUACACUAUCAGUAAAUCAUGCACUUUCUUGGCUAGAGGCGAGCAAAGACAUUACUGUGAUAGAUCUACUUUACGGAUGGCCACUGUACCAAUUCCACUGCUGGUACGAAGUGACUUGCGUCCAGUGUUCCCCGGAUGGAAUGUAUGCUUUCUGUGGACAGUACUUGAACACUGCGUCGAUAUUCCAUUUAGGUAGUGGAGACAAACUGGCCACCGUGACCUCUGAAUUUUCUGGUGGGUUUGUGAAGUUUCUUCUUGUGCUGGACACAGCUCAGGAAAUGGUGAUGGUGGACAAUGAGGGCGGCCUUUCUAUUUGGAACACGGAGGAAAUGACCAAUCCCCAGCUAACAGAUGACUUUGACUGCAAGCGAGGGGACAGUGAAUUUGUCAGUAUUGAACUUGCCGAAGACCAAAGUGCAAUUUUAAUAUGUAAGGCACUCAGCAUAGAGCUUCUUGAUACCAGCAUGUGGAAAAUAGCCGAAAAAUUCAGAGCGAAACACAACGAGCGCUUUGUGUCGGCUGUGUUGUCCAAAAACGGCGACUGCAUUGUUGCUUCUAUCGAAAAUACCUCUGCUAUUUUUGUUUGGAGGAGAGACACGGGACAGUGUAUGGCAAGCCUACAGGAAAUCUCAGGAAACAUAGUCAAAUUAAUCAAAUCAAAUCACCAUAACAUGCUGCUCUCCUUAUCUACCAGUGGUGUCCUUUCUAUCUGGGAUAUAGAUAUCAUAACUGCUAUGUCCAACAUUGACAAAACCGGCAAGCCUAUCCAAAGAUUGGUGUUGCCUGCCCGAGGUGAAGUGAUUUACACGCUUGAUGGGUCUGAAGCUAUACAUAAGUGGAACUUUGGCACUGGAUUCAUUGAAGCUGUGUUUAAGCAUGAGAGCCUUGUUGAAAACUGUGUGCUAACUUCCACUGGAGAGUUGAUGGUUACAUCAGAUGACAAAUGCAGCCAGUAUGUGUGGCAUACGGGUUCCGGUGAAAAUCUCUUCCGCAUUAGUGGACAGAGGAUAAGUCAGUUAUUGAUAACACACAACGACCAGUUUGUCAUCUCUCUCUGUGAGGAAAAUGCAUCAAGAGUUUGGAGGCUGGCCACAGGUCACAGAGUGUGCAAUAUUCUCGUUGCCUUACAGAAUGCGUUUAUAACCACUGCUAACACAUUCGUAGUGGGGAUGACAAAGAAUAAAGUGUUGGCAGUGAGCCUUUGGACAGGGAGUAUAACCAAGAAGUUCUGUUGUGACGAUGGUAUAAGCAUUGUCGAUAUUAAACUGAUUCCAGAUUGCCCUGAUAUCGUAGUCUUCAUAACAUCUACAGAAACUGUGAACAUCUGGAGUCUUACAGAGGAAGUCAUCUGCAGACGUGUGCAGCUUCCUAAUACUUUCUUAAAGACUUUGGAGGAUUUUGAAAUAUCUCCCAACGGGAAGCUGGGAAUUAUAUCCCGUGGCGAUGAAAACAUCAAUGUCCUUGACCUUCACAGUGGCAAACUCCGCGUCGUCCAUGCUUCUGGCAUAAUCUGGAGGCAGAAGUUGUCUCGAGAUGGCCGGUACCUAGUAUAUAUUUGUUUUCGCACUACUGAUGAGGAUGACGAUAACAGUGCACUCUCCAUCUUAAUUGUGAUGAGACUGGCGGAUGGCAAAAACAUUGGCGCUUGUUCCCUUUAUAAAACCCCAACUUCCCUUGCUCUUUCCCAGAGGCAUUUGAACAUUAUUGUGGGCUUUGAGGACGGAAGCAUCGGCACUUAUACUGUUGUGGACCGAGUGGAUGCAGCGCUGAAAAUUAAAAUUGCUACUUCAAACAGCCGACAGAUUUUCAGCAGCACAACACAAGUGAUUAGACCAAAAUGUCAUAGUUAUAGCUUCAAGGGUACAGUAGACUGUAUCUGGAGAGAAUCCACUGAGGUGUUUUCGAGAGACAGUCCCAUCACAGUGAUGGACCCUGAGGCAGGCGAAGCAACCCCAACCAAAAAACACAACUAUUGCUACGAUAAAGUGUGUUCUGCCAUUGAUUGCAGAGGGCAUGGGUUCACAGCUGACAACCGAUCGUAA